AGACACUGCGCUGGGCGGGUAGAGCGCUCCGCUUGUGAAAUUGUCUUUUGCUGAGCGGGUUUUCGUUUUCUUCCAAUUUUUUUUUUCGUCUGAGCAAAAGCCAAACCAAAUGCAUCCUUUCAGUUACAAUGGAGUUGCAACCCCGGGAGGACCCGGCGGGAUCCGCAGAAGCCCCUUGGACACUACAGCCGCUGGAGGAACGAAAGGGGCGCACUCUCGGGGGCAGGCUUCGCGCUGCCUGCGCGCGGGGCGAGGGGAGCACCGUAGCGUUCUCCGCGCUCCGGAGGACGCCGACCCGCGUGGGGAGAAUUCGCCCCCGCCCGGGUUUCGGCCGCGGCGUCGCGGCCACUUUGGAGACACUCCCUGGCUCCGGCCAGGCGGACCGAGGCGUGACUCGCAGGUGCCCACGCGUGCCAGCUGCGGCUGGGCUAGGGACGCAGGGUCGCCCAGUGGGGAGUGGGGACCUGACUCUCGAAAUUCGUUGCAGAAUGGAGGGGGCUGUGGUCGCGCAUGGGAACCCGCUCGCGGCUCAGCGGGUCUAGGGACUUCGGGUUACCGAAUGUCAAAGGCGCGGGCAGCUCAUAGUUAGAGCAAAUCGCAGGAUUUUUUUUGGAAACGCGAGUGGUGAGCCCCUUCCGGCUCCAGUCCAGUCUGGGCACUGGAACCACUCCCCGUUCUGCCCGCGCCUCAGUGACUGUCUAUUCGGGCCCAGGGCACCGUGGACAGGACCGCACACGAAGUAGUCACCUUCCGCUGCAGCUUUGGGGAGACAAGCGGAAUCAUUUUCUUCCACCUAAUUCUAAAAUCGUUAGAUUUAAACUCUUUGAGUGUCGCACCCCUGGCCUGGGCUCUUCCUCCUGCCCCUUGUGGUGCGGACAGUGGUGAGAGCUCGGAUGUACUGUUGGCCAGAAGUGUGUUCAAAUUUGGACUGGCCACUUCCUAGCUGAGUGACCUUGAGUAAGUGACUCCAUAUAUUUAGGUUUCGGUUUUCUCGUUUGCAAAAAGGGAAAUAAUGCGUGCAUGCAGGUUGUUUGUGAGCCGCGAGUGAGAUAUUGAGGGAGCGCAGAGCACUGGGCCUGGCACGUAGUGGGCACUGGGAAGCGUGGCUCACCUCGCACUGCAUCCCCCCAGAGUAAUGGCUGAUAUAUUAUUGUUGUGACUCUUGUUUAUUUUGUUGGCAGUUUUAUUUUAUUUGCAGGGGCUCAGUACGUUGGAGAGAAAGGUGUUUGUCUACCAGUAGGGUCAGUUUCAGAGGACGGGGAAGGACAGGAGGUGCAGGUUGGGGAUUCUUUCUAUCUUCUCCCAACAAUCCAAAGGCGUCAGGAUUUGCAGGGCCUCCAGGCCUGGGUCUGGAGUUAGGUCACUUGCCCGCUGUGUGACCUUGGGCAAGUUACUGGCCCUUGCUGAGCCUUCCUGGUGGGUGUGGAGAGGGAGGCCCAACAGUGAGGGGUGAAAGCUGCAGGAUGCCUGGGGUCUGGGCAAGUGCUCCCUCACUCGCUUCCAGCGACAAGGAUCCUCAGAUGGGGUAGAUGCCAUUGCUCUGGCCCCAGGGGGCUUCCUGCUUCUAAUUCAGGCUCUGCCACUGGCAGGGUGGGGGCUGUGGGGUCCCUAACUGCCCCUCCCAGAACCGCAUUUUCCUUAUUUGUAAAACAAAAAGGGCACCAGCUACCCCCAGGGUGGCUGUGAGAACCAAAUGAGAUAGCAUCUGUGGAAGUGCCUGUGAGAAACUCUGGCGGUUAUAUUAUAAUAACUUUAAUGACAACUAUAAAGCUACUGUAGCUGAGAACCUAGCCUGUGCCAGGCAGGGAGGUGGACACUUAUUUAUUCUUCACAAUGACCCUGUGAGGAAAGGGCUGUUAGUGGCCCCAAUUUCUCACUAAUGAGGGAAUUGAGGCUUUGAGAGUUCAAGGGAAGCACAGCUCCCCACUUGCGGGCUGGAGUUGGCACCUCACCAGCUCCUCUUCCCUUCUGGCUUCCAGUGUCCCGGACUCAGGGCUGCCCUUGUCACUUCAGACACUGUUAAAUCGGGACAACAAGGCCCACCGCACAGAGGUUUGUGGCACGGAACUAAGGUGUUGGUGGUACAGCACUGCUCCCAGGGUGUGUGCUUAAGAAUGGGAUUCUCACCUCCGUUUACCAGCUGUGGACUCUGAAUUAUUCAUCUUCUUUGUGCCUCAGUUUUCUCAUCUAGUAAAUAAACCUCAUGAUUCAAUAAGCUCCUCCAGGUAAAACCUGGCAUGGGUCAGGGCUCUGCUUCAUUGCUUGGGUUCUGGCUUCCUGAGAUCCACGGUUCCUCAUGGUCCAGCCCUGUCAUCCAGAUGAAGGUGCUUUGGGCCACUAAUCAUAAGCCUCCUUUCACUUCCUAUCCAGAUAGCUCUUAGGCAGCUCAGGAAUGGGGGUAACUUGGGUCAGGCAUGAGAACUCUGAGAAUCCUAGGACAGUGGUUCUCAGAGUGUGUUCCCAGAGCAGCAGCAUCAGCAUCACUGGAGAAUUUGUUAGAAAUGCAAAUUCCUGGACCCUCGCCAGACCUACGGAAUCAGAACUCUGGGGUAGGACUCGGCAGUCUGUGUUUAACAAGCCCUCCAGGCGACACUGAUGCCUGCUCAACUCUGGAAGCCAAUGCCCAGAAUGCUGUCCAUUUCAUCCGAGUUUUCAAAUGUGUUGUUACAACACUGUGGGAAGAUUGUCUCAGAAUUUGCAACUCUCAUACGAAUCUGUACUAAUACCUUCCACUUCUCAUUCCCAGUGUUGCUCAUUCAUGUCUUCUCCUGAUCAUACUUGCCAAAGGUUUGUUAUUUUGUUGGUUUUUAAAAAAGCCUUUGAUGUCUUAUCCCCUUUUAAAAUGCCACCUCUUUCAUGAAUGUUGUGGUUUCAAAAAUUAUUUAUUUCUUCUUUGCUGAGUUGAAAAUUUGUCAAAUUUUCUUUCUUUUUAAAUAAAUGCAUUCGAGGGCAUACAUUUUCCUCUGAGCACUGUUUUGGCCAGAUAUGUUCUGAUAUGUAUUUGGUGUUCCUGAGGUUGUAAUUUCUUGCUGCCCUUGUAAUUUACCUGCUGUCACUUGAACAGUGAGGCACACACACUGAAAGAGAUUAGGAAAUGAGAAUUGUAAGAACCGGGACCAGGAUUCCUGGAGCUAGAGAGACCUUCAGGACGCAGCACAUCCUCUCCUCUUCUCCAUGAAGAAGCUGGGAGAAAGGGGUGCAGCUGGUGGAGGCUUUGCUGAGAGUCAUCUAGAAGAUGGUGGGGCUUCAGGGGUGACAGAAAAGAUGCUGGGAUUUCCAACUGGCCCAGGAACCCAGCUGUGGGAGGCUCCUCCAGGCUCAUUCUGCCAUUGACUUCCUGAGUGAAAUGGGACUGCAUUUCCCCAUCUGUGAAAUGGGGGUAGAGACUGAAUCAGGACUUGAAAAGUAUUUGGGUCAGCUACCCUAUUUGAAACACCGAUGAAAAUAUUGUGGUCUGCUUCCGUAGAAAAGGACAGAAACACAAUUUGGCACAUACACCAUGUCACAGGUGGCUGACCUGCCGUGCUGUUCUUAGCUCACACACCCUAGUUAGGAGUCCCUAUGGGCCCUUCCAGUUUUCCUGAUGGAAGGCUCUAAAGACACUUGCCCAAAUUUAUUCGCCCAUUCAUUUAUUUAUUCAGCGAAUAUUUACUGAGCACCUACUCACAUUUCCUGGACCAUACCCCAGUGCAGGGGCUUGGUUUCCCCAUCUCACAGUGGGGACAAAGCAGUCUGGGCUCUUCAUCACUGCUUCCCCCAGUGGGCAGGAUGUGGGGAAGAACCUUCCUGAGGAGGUCUGAUCAGUCUCAAGAGUCUGCCAGCCAGUGGAAGGAAAAGGGCACGUAGUGGAAAGGGGUGAGCUGGGAUUUGAACCCAGGACUUUUAGACUACAAAGCCCACACUUUCUCCUUUACCUUACACCCCUAUUUGGGAGUAGGUGGUAAAGACUGUAAGUCACGGGAUGGAGUGGGGAGGGGAAUCAGUGCAGGGUCUGGGUUGAGCCCAAGAGUGGCGGUGAAGACUGGCCAUAGUGGGGCCCACUCUUCUCCCCUACUGGCUUGAGAGUUCCUUUCAGGCAAAAUGGUGUUGGUGGCAUUUGAUUCCAUGUCCCAGGGCUGGGUCCAGGGUGUGGAGGACUGGAGGACAUGAUCAAGGUUUGUAGUAUUAAACUCAAUAGCACAAAGCAAGGUCAGACAAGGGGUAAGAAAAAGGGGUCAGAAUUGGGCGCAGGCAUUUGCGUGCACUCAGUUCGGCAUUCACCCCCCAGCACCCCCAUGGCUGGUUCCUCGCAUCCUUUACGACCCAGGCCAGCCCUCACCUCUCUGCCCAUCCUCCAGAGCAGCACCCUCACCUCAUCAUCCUCUCUACCCGUUGAUUUCCGUCAUUCCCCUCAGAACUGAUCUUAUUUAUCCGGCUCAUUAGCUUUAUCUGCGGCAGGUGAUGUGAAAGAAUGAUUUCCAAGGUGCUUGGGCUGGGCCAGACCCAGGCCCUGGCAGGGAGGCUGGCAGCAGCCUGAGGAAGCUGGCCCUAGGGCCAGGGGUUAGAGGAGAGGGGAGCAGGGAGAGAUUCCUUUCUCCAUGGGGUGGGGGACUGAUGGAGAUAAUAAAGGGCACGUGAGCAGGGACUGUGCAGAUGGCAGCGUGUGCAGGGUGGCAGGAAUCGGUCAGUGUGCUCAGGCUCAGGGGAGUAAGGACAGGCAGGGUGGGCAAAUGCAGGGGGUGGCCUUCUCAGGGACCUCCCAACCUGAUCUCAUGCCCUUGUUUCCUUCCCCUACACAUCCGCCAUUUUUCCCAUUUGUGCUCCACAACUUUCCUCCCUUCCUGACAGAUUUCUCUACUCAAUUUGACUUCGUUUCAACACUUUCGUUGGGCAAAUUACAUUAAGAUGAAUGUUGCAGGUACCCUUUAUGGUUUAUUUAUCGUGAUACUGUUUGUAUCUCACACUUAUAAAUAACUUAUGUUAUAGCUUUUGUUUGUGGAAAUGUAACUUACAUAUUUUAUUACGCUUUCUGUAAACCUCAAAAAGAAUCUUGUCAAGGAAGCACUCUUAUCAGCAAUCCAAACUAUGGGACGUAAAAACCGACACUAACAUUAUUUUUUAAUAUGCCAAGGAGGCAGGUUACUCUUGCUGUAGUUUGAAAGGUUUGCUGUCAUUGUAAACUUGCACCUCAAUAAAACAUUUAAAAGUCUCAAGAAUGAUUUUAGGAAGUUCAGGGAGGAGGAUGAAUCGGUGGCAGGACCCACAGACACAGCACACAACGGGCCCAGGUCCUGGACUGGCCUUUCGCUGGGAGUGCCUAGUCCCAUUGUGGGUGUCAAAGUGGUUCACAUUGAGUUCUCCCACCCAACUGUCCCCUAGGCCCAGCUGUGAAGGACCUAGUUCAAGGAAUUAUAGUGAAAAAGAAACACGAGUUUUGAGGUCAGGCAGAUCUGACUUUGAAUUAUGGCGUGUCUACUUUCUAGCUAUGUGGCUUUGGGUCAGUCUUUUAGUCUCAGUUUUCUCAUCUCUAAAAUGGGGAUAAUAAUUCUUGACAUUCUUACUAGGAAGCGUAAAAUGAGACAGCAGUUUGCAAUGCUUAUUUGGUGCUCAAUAAAUGAUAGCAGUUCUGAUUAUUUUAUGUUCAUCUUAAAACAUUUAAGACCAG